AUGUCAUCAGAGGAUGUUGUUGCUACUGCUUUAGAGGUUGGAAAUAAGCAGUUCAAACUACAAAAAUAUGAUGAAUGUGUCAAAAUAUAUUCCAAAGCGAUCGAGCUAGUGGAGUCUCUAAGUCAGAAGACCAUUUUAAAGCUGAGGAAAUCGUACGGUCUAACAGAAAGACCCGCUUAUUUGAAGCAAGGUGAAAAUGUUAAUCAUCCAAAACUCUUAACUCUACUUGAUAAUAGAGCUGCUGCUUAUGAGAAACUUCAAAACUACCAACAAGCUGUUCAGGAUUCUCAAAGAGCUGUCUCGAUAGAACCUUUCAAUGCUAAAGGCUAUAUAAGGAUGGGGAAGUUGAUGCUAUUCAUGAAAAAGGAAACGAAGGCUUAUGAGGUUUUCUCCAAAGGUGUCAAACGAAUAGAGUAUGGUGUCACAAAAUAUGGAAUAAAAGUGAAUCCAAACCUAUUACAGCAUUUAAAGGCUCAAAAGCAACAACUUACAUCAAAAUUGAACGAACAAAAGGCACAGGUGAAAGAAUCAGAGAGGUACCCCGACAUCAAAAGAGCCUCUGAGAGCCUUGUGAGAUCAGUUUCUGGCAGUUCUCAAGAACGAAAGAGAGCAAAGACAUCAUCUUCUUUAAAUCCGAAAGGUUCAAGUCAAUUAUCAAGAUCAUUUGACUUACUGUUAUGGCUACCUAUUGAAAUCAUCACCCAUAUAUUUUCCCAUUUACCUUUGAAAGACGUGUUGAAUUGUCUUCUGGUGUCACCUGAGUGGAAUCAUACUUUGUCAAGAAUACCAGCUUUAUUCAAUAACAUUUCAAUAUCCAGAUUCGCAUCAUUGAAACAAGUUCAGUCAUGUUUUUCACUAUUAUUGAAGUCAAGAAGGAGCUCACAUAUCAAAGCUUUAGAUCACUUUCGUUUGCAUUCAAUUCGAAGAACAGAUGAAAGACAAAUAUUGAAUUUCAUUUUGAAUAAGAGCUCCAUUUGUUUCACAGGUGACGUGGAUUUCAGUUUUUUGGACGUCACAACAGAACAGCUCGUUGAUUGUUUAAAGAGAAAUAGUGUUGCAUUGAGGAAACUUGAAACUUUGAAACAUCUCAAAUUGUCUUGUGUUUUGGUUCCAACAGCCGAAGAGUCGUUAUUGGAACUAUUACCCAAUCUUGAAUCAUUUGAACUCAUACGUGUACCCGAUAACAAAAGACCAUCAACUUUACGAAGAUACCAAGCUAAUGAUCAUACAUUCCCAAAUUUAAAAAAGCUUACAUUAGUGGGAGAUAUAAAGAGCAAAUAUCCAUCGAUCCCAUUUUUUGACCAUUUUUUAAACCAAGUACAAUCGUUCCCAAAUUUGAAAUCUUUAACUAUUGUUGGUUACGACUUUCAAACUUUGAAUACUGCAAGCAGGGAGUUCAAUUUCUUACAAAACCUUCCAAAGCUCCAGUCUUUAGUGUUUGAAAAUAAUGAUAAUUUCAACCUUUCAACGUUUUUCAAAUCUCAUGAUCUUUUGGAGUUCAAAGAAUUGAAAAAAUUUGCAUUAAGAGAAAGGGAGAUUAGAUAUUCAGAACAUUUGAUGCAUUAUGACUCUUUUUACUUGAGCAGAAUAUUCCAAAAUCUUCGAAUCUUGGAUUUGACUGGAUCUUCCAUAACAUGGCAAGGAUUGAGCAAAAUCCUCAAAGUUUGUGGUUCAUCGUUGCAACAAUUAUCUAUUGGGUAUUGUCAAAAUGUUAUAUUCAAAAAAGGUCCAUUUAGAGUUCAUGUAAAUGGUGGAUUUUUUGAUUUUGAGAAUUUCUUCAAAUGGUGUCCAAAUCUUCAGGUACUUUACCUUAAUCAAUCAACUGAUUUUAAUGAUUAUUCUUUGACGCAAAUGGUGACAGCAUUGAAACAACAAGAAUUAUUCAAGAAUUUGAAGCUACUUGACCUUUCUUUUAAUGAAGUAUCUGGAUACAAGUUAUUGGACCUUGUGAAAGUCCUAAAGAUUGAAUCUUUAAUUCUUCAUGGUUUGGAUAUCCAUACUGAAACCAUAAAAUUGAUGGAAUCUAGUUAUUGCAAAAAGGUUGAAAGCAGAAUUGAUAAGCAAAGCUGGAGAGAAUAUGGGAUCAAUAGUUAUAAUCCAUUUUAA